UAUGUCAAAUACUACUCCUGUUUAUUGCAAGAGGCAUUGUUUGUGCUUUUAAAAAGUGUUGAAUUGCAAAGUGUGAGUUUGCAAAUACAAUGUGUUAUUUACCCACGAACAAGUUCAAAUGAUUGUGACGUGAAGAGGAGGCACGCUUGCCAGGUGUGUUUACACUGGACAUCACAACCUUAUACGUGUGAAGCAGGGCAUAUUCAACGGACGAGAGAGUAUUCGUCUUAACACCGAACCGAACUGUUCUUCCUUUUCCAAUGGACGAAGGCAUAUCGUUUAAGUGCAAGAGUAGGGGAUUGGGACUAAGAUCAAACCCUGUGAAUCCUCUUGCUCAAGUAGCAAAGAUUUGGAGUAAUGAGUGGAAGAAGAGCUGCUUCCGUCCCUGGAAGAGGUGAUGGAGAUCAACAGCAUCCUCCAGAACAUGAAGGACGUCGUAGCUGCGUUUAAGCAGGAGGUGAUUCGGAGGCAGCUCGACAUCUGCCUGCUGGAGAAGCGAUGUUGCGUCCGGGCAGUGGAGUCGGAGUACUUCUUCGAAGAGGGCUUUUUAAAAUUUUACCUUAAGGCUAGUUCAGAAAUAUAUGUUUGUUAUUGUGAUUUGAAUGACAUUAGCUCUGUCACUUAA